AUGAAUAGGUUAUGGAAAUUGCUGAUGCAAGAGGAAGAAGAUGCCAUUACAAGAAAUCGUCAAAGAGCCCUGGUGAUGCAGGCAGCUUCCUUUCAUAUCUUGAGGAUCCAAGAGGAAGAAUCACAGUGGGAUGGUUCACAGCCCGGGCGCCAGUACAUUGCAAGAGAUCGAGAAGCUAUGAAUCGACGAUUGAAAGAUCUAUACUUCACUUCGCCGUGCAGGUUCCAGGGCGAUAUAUUUCGCAGAAGGUACAGAAUGCGACCUCAUGUGUUUGACCAAAUGAUGCAUGAUGUCGCCAACCACGAUCCGUACUUCGUGCAAACUGAUGAUGCCUCCGGCAGAGUUGGUUUGUCUACCGAACAAAAGCUGACUUGUGCUAUGAGGAUGCUUGCUUACGGGCUUCCGGCUGACCUGUGUGAUGAGUUUCUUGACGUAGCUGAAUCUACAGCUUUGGAGAUCUUGUCGCACUUUACUAGAGCAAUCUGGAAUGUGUACCACGUUCAUUACCUUCGUCAACCAACUCAGGCAGAUUUGCAGCGGUUGCUCAAUGUUGCUGAGAAAAGGGGUUCCCCGGAAUGGUGGGAAGUCUCGAUUGUAUGCACUGGUAGUGGAAAAACUGCCCAUCCUCAUGGUGAUAGAGAAUAUGGCCAAUGCUACUACCUAGUCGAUGGGAUCUACCCUAAAUGGGGAUCUUUUGUGAAAGCAAUUAGAAAUCCAAUUACUCCAGAGCAAGCUCAUUUUACAAAGAUGCAGGAGUCAUACAGAAAAGACGUGGAGAGGGCUUUUGGCAUUCUCCAAGCUCGUUUUGCAAUAGUAAGAGGACCCGCCCGUGGAUGGGAUAGGGAGGAUCUAUCAUACAUCAUGAUGACCUGCAUUAUUUUGCACAACAUGAUUGUCGAUGAUGAGCGUGAAGAAGAUGAAGAGUCGCCUUUUGACCCCGAUGAUAUCCCCACCAGACCAAGGAAAACACAAAUAUAUGAGAGGUAUGAGGAUGAUCAUGAGGUUGAGCGCAACCGUCCUGAACUUGAGGAGUUCAUGACCCGUUACCAGGGGGUUAGAUGCCCAAUUGUGCAUAGAGUCCUUCAAGGAGAUUUGGUUAAUCACCUCUGGAACAUGAAGUUGCAAGCAGAGCGGAACCGCAGAUGA